AUGUAUUGUCAAUGGAAGACAAAUUUUCUGCCCAGCCCGAAACAUUUAAGUACCCCUCCAUCACAGCUCUCUCAGAAGUAUGUGGUCGUACCAUUAAAGCUGCACCUCGUCGCUCUUGUUGCACUCCUUCGAACCUUGGUUGCACAAGCACAAAGCAAUCAUGGGACGAAGAUUAUUGUUUUUCUGAGUUGUACAGACUCUGUUGACUUUCACUGGAAGCUUCUCGUGGGGUCAACAAUGGACGAUGAUGUUGAGCCUUCUGCAGAACAAUCUGAAAUUGACAGCGACGAGGACAUCAAGACUGAACUGCAGACAAAACCCCUAGCUUCUGAGCGGGUUCAAGCCACAUGUUCCUUUUUGCCAAAUGUCUCCAUCUAUCAACUUCAUGGAUCCCUUCCUACCUCAACACGGCUUGCAUCCAUCAAAGAGUUUUCUGGUGUUCAGAGAAAAAACAAGGAUAGCAGCCAGGAAGCCUCAUCCUCUGUUCUUUUUUCCACAUCUGUGGCGUCGCGUGGUUUGGAUCUUCCCCUUGUUUGUGUGGUGAUCCAAUAUGAUCUUCCGGCCAAGGGUGGCACAAAGGAGUACAUUCAUCAUGUCAGAUGUACUGCAUGCACUGGGAAGGGCGGUGAAGCUUGGAGCAUAGUCAGUCCAAGCAAAGUUGUGUGGGUGAAGUGGGUAGAGGAGAAAAUGCAGGGUAAAAGCACUGACAAUACUAAGCAGAAUGCUUCUCUGACUGGUGUGGCGGUGGAAAGUCUUUUACAGACAGGAUUUGGAGGCAAAAGUAGUGAGUAUGAGGAGUGCGCAACUGAAGUUCAGCUGGCAUUUGAGUGCUGGGUUUUACAAAGCAAAGACAAUCUUGCAUUGCACGUAUUCCAUAUCCGUCAUCUACACAUGGGACAUCUUGCCAAAGCAUUCGCAUUGCGAGAUGCUCCGACAAAGGUGACUGGUACUUCCACAAAAGCAAAACAGCCAAAACUCUGUCAGUCUAAAAGCCAACAACCGAAGGAGGUUGCUGUGAAGCCUAAGGACUGGGAGCAACAUGACGGCGAUGCGGAAAAACAUAUGAAAGCCAUAUUUCGUGCUCAAGGUCAGCUAAUGAAGAAAGGAGGAGUGAUGAUCAGCAGUGGUGCAUCAGAAUUCCAGAUAUCAGGUGGAACGGCGUUGGAGAAGCUGGUCCAGGGAGGUGACUAUUAG